AUGAAAGUUAGUAGUGCUAAUAAUAUGAAUAAUACUAUCUGCGCAUCACAAAUCAUAGGUGAUAAAUUAUUACAAGGAUGGACCUUGUUGAACGAGAGUUGCUAUAUUUGUAAGGUGACCCCUCUUAUAAAACAAAAAAAUAAAGAAGAGCGCUUCUGUGCUAGUUGUAAUUUAUUCAUUAAACCGGAAAUAUCAAAAGGGGAUAGAGAAAUGGAACAAAGAUUGGAAGAAAAAGGAAGAAACGAAUUGAAGGAAAAAAAGGAACAAGAAGAACAAAACCAUGGAACAAACAAAAUAGUUAAUAAAGCAGUUAGCAAAGCAGUUAGCAAAGCAGUUAGCAAAGCAGCUAGCAAAGCUGUUAGCAAAGCUGUAAACAAUGUAGAUGAUGGUAUGAAUGAUUUGACGAAGGAAAGCAUGAGGCAGGGAGACACACACAGCAGCAGCAGAGCAAUGAAAAUAAAUGGAAAUGAAAAGAAAGAUAAGCAAAGAGAAGAAGAAAUAAUACCAGGGCAGUUUAUUAAAUUCAUUAAAGAGAUAAAAGUGAACAAUGAAGAAUUUAACGAAUUGUUACACAAAGAGAAAAUAACAAAAGACGAAAUUAAAGACUUGCUCGUAUAUAAAAAUUAUAUAAAAGAAAGAUGUGGUUACGAUAUUGGUGAAUGGUUAAGUUUUGAUUCUAAUUUUGGAAAUAAGGAUCAUGCGAAAAGUGAGAACGAAGAUGGUAUGCGCAAUGAGGAUAUGUGCAAUGAGGAUAUGUGCAAUGAGGAUAUGUGCAAUGAGGAUAUGCGUAAUGAGGAUAUGCGUAAUGAGGAUAUAUGCAUUGAUGAUACGUGCAAUGGUUACGUAUGCCCAGAUGAAGCAUGCGCAGAUAAGAAGAAAAGUCUUUCUCAUUUACCAAAAAGAGAACGAAACGUUAAUAAAAAAAUAGAUGAUGUACACUUUUCUCAAUUUAAGAGACAAGAUUUAAAAAUAUCAGAAGAAAAUUAUUUUUUGAAUACACAAAUACCAUCUAAUAAAUAUAACAAACUUGAAAUGGAGUUUUUUAUUUUAAAUAAAACAAAAGAUGUUUUUAUGCAAAAACUUGAGAGAUAUACCGAACUACUCACUAGAAACGAGAACAAGAAUGAGGAGAUGGAAUACAUAAAUAAAGUAGCUAGUGUUGUAAGUGUCCUAGAGAAAAUUAACAUCCUUAAGAAAUAUGUUACUGUGUAA